AUGGAGUCCCCUGUGGAAAUGUACCGAUCCCACUGCCAAGCUGUUGGGGUGGCAAUGAACAGUGCGUUGCUAAGGGGGCUGCCGGAAACCACUGAGAAAUUGAGGAACAUGAAAGUAAUGCAUUUUGGGCGAAAUUUUCUCGGUGACCGGGGUAUCCUCCCGUUACUUCCUGUAAUAAAGCAGGCCAAAUCUUUGCACACUCUUGAUUUGCGUAAUAAUGGGAUAGGGAACGAGGGGGUGAAGGCACUUUGUCGCCAACUCCGUGAUCAUCCCUCACUGAGGGUUCUGGAAUUGGGUGGGAAUCCCUUUACGUACCUGGCGGCGCGGCAACUCACAUAUUUGUGUGAAUACAACGACAGAAUUACUUUUAUUGGCGUUGACGACACCCUCAUGACGGAACCACUUCGCCAGAGCAUAGUUCACCGCAUGCAAGCAACAAUGAAGCGUCGGGAGAAUCGGAGGCAGAGGAAGCAGGCUUCACCUAAUGUAAUAGACAAUGAGGAAAAUACCACUGAAGAAGUCACCGCUACUGGAGACACCGAAUAUAUCGACGACGCUGCAGUAGCUAUGGGGGUUUUUGUUUCAGAGGAUCCACUGGCAACACCUCUGCAACCGGUUGAAGUGGUAACGGAGGCUUGUGUGCAACUCAUUAGUCCACCAGCCAACACCCCAUCGGUCAAAUCAGAAAAAGUUGCUGAGAUGACGGGAGAUGAAAUGAUAUCCGGUCCCUCACCAUCAUCCUCUUCAGUUACUCCCCCAUCCACAGGAGCCGCCGCUUCUUCAACCUCCGACUCUCGGGAGACAACACAAGCCAAUGAAGACGAAGUGGGAGAACCUGCUGAGGUUUUCUCCGAUGAGGAACAAAAUAAAGUGGCGGCAGUAGAGGAAACCGACGAGACGAGUGACGUGUCGGUGCAUAGUGCAGGGGAGGAGUUAAGCGGAAGUAUGGUAGAUGAUGAUGUGCAGAGCGAAAGCAGUGUGACGAGGAGUGACGCAACGGAGCCGCAAGAAGAUAGCAUUGUGGAAGACGAAGAUUAA